UUGAGUACAGUACUUAAGUACAAUUUUGAGGGAUCUGUACUUUACUCGAGUAUCAUUCUUGGGGAGUACUCACGACUUUACUCAAGUACAUUUGAGAGGCAAAUAUUGUACUCUUUACUCCGCUACAUUUCUAUCCAUAACCGUGAGUAGACGUUACUUCAAAUAUUAUUUAUUUUUUUAAAUCCUCAAUUUGUCGUUUCCCUCUCAAACGUGAUUGGAUUGUGCAGGCACCACUGAUUGGGACAGCCAAUCAGCAAUCACCUUCAGUUUUCCGCCAAAGUCAACUGUCAGAUUAGAUGAGAGACGUUAACCAUGGACGAAACAAUGGAAGAAGACGAAGCAGGUCCAUCCCGGGAAUGUGUUAACCCGUGGCCCCACCUCGCCAGCCUAUUUAAAUUUUCCGAACAAGUGAAUGAUAGUUUUCGUUUCAAGUGUUUGCUCUGUUUACCAAAACAGAACUUCAUCACCACCUACAAAAAUUCAUCCUCCAACUUGCGGAAGCAUGUCAAGAGAAGGCAUGAGACACAUCUGGAGGAAUACUGUCAACUGACUUCAACAGCCUGCAAGAGGCCAUCAGAAGGUGGAACAGGCUUCAAGGCGAAGCAACUGAAGCUGUUGGAGACCAAGCAGGUGUCUCAGAAGACGGUUGAUCGGGCUAUCCUCCGCUUCAUCGUUCAAGGUCUCCAGCCCCUCUCCCUGCUUGAGAAACCAUCCUUUCAAGACCUUAUUGUAGAAUUGCAACCGAGAAGUGCUGUCAUGUCCCGCACAACUGUGCGGCGUAAGAUUGAUUCAGCUACAUCUAAAAUGAAAGAAAGUCUCAAGAAAGAAAUGAAAAAGGUACCAUACAUUGCCACCACUACUAAUUGUUGGACGGCCAGGAGAAGGAGCUUUAUAGGUGUAACAGCCCACUGGCUCGAUCCUUGCAGUUUUGAACGCCGUUCAGCUGCCCUUGCUUGCCGUCAACUGAGGGGCUCCCACACAUUCGAUGCCUUGGCAGCUGUUUUGACCGACAUUCAUGCAGAGUAUGAAAUAAGUCUAAAGGUUGUUAGAACUACAACAGACAACGGGUCGAAUUUCGUCAACGCGUUCUGCAUCUUUGGUCAGCAGGACGAAAAUAACAAUGAAGAGUUAGUUGCAGAAGGCACAAUCGAAGAAGAAGUAGGAGAAGAUUGUGAUGCAUCUGAUGGUGAAGAAGAGGUGGAACUCAUUGAUGUGGAAGCCAUUCUGGAGGAAGAUGAUGGGCUUCAGUAUCAGCUGCCGAAACAUCAUCGAAUCAUUAGAGACCAAGGACAGGGGUCUCUGAGAACAGUCUGUGCUGCACUCAAUGUUCCAAUGUACAGUCCGGCUGACAUAGCCUUUUUAGGGGAAUAUGUCACCACCAUGAGUCCAGUUGCGAAGUCCUUGAACAUACUACAAGGUUUGAGGAAGCGGUUUGAGAGCAUGAUGUCAGAGCCAGAGCUAAUUGCAGCAGCCAUACUUGUUCCAAGGUUCAAAACCUCCUGGACCAGCAAUGACACAGUCCUACAGCUUGGCCUUAGUUACAUCAAGACACAUCUGCCAGAACACGAUGAAGGUCUUCGGUCUCCUGGUACCACAGCAUCCUCUUCUGAUGAAGAUGAUGACUUCUUCUCCAAUGUCAAGCAGACACAUUCCCAUGAGAUAAGUAAGCAACUUGAUGGAUACCUAGCCGCUACAGCUGAUGGAGUGAAUACACUGGCCCCCUAUCCAGCUGUGCGUAACCUCUCACUAAAGCUCAACACAGCCCUGCCAGCUUCAGCAGCGUGUGAAAGGCUUUUUAGCAUUGCCGGUUUGCUUUUCACCCCAAGAAGGGGAUCAAUUCAUUCACAGAAUUUUGAGAACCAACUUCUCCUCAAGUUGAACAAGGACUUCAUGACAUUUGAUUGAACUGAAGUACAGUACACACACACACACACAAAAUGUCCUGUGCUACUUCCACACACACACACCCACACACCCAAAUCCUGUGCUACUUCCACACAUA